CCACACCCUUCUUUCAGACCUGUAAAGGAUCUGGCGGAAUACUGAACGAAGGUAUCUUUCUUUUCUCAUUGCCUAUUAACUUUUUGGAAUAUUACACCAUGUAUGCAUGGAUGCUUUUUCUGGUCCCCCACGCUGAACAUAUUGGCAUCCCUCCUUCCAAAGCAAUCUUCCUCUCUACAAUCGGCGGUAUAGGGGGCAUCAUCAGUCGAACCAUGUUCAUCAUCCUCGUAUACAAAGGGAUCAACGUCUUUGUUGUCUACAUUGCCAUAGGUGUCAUAUGCACAAUAUCCUUUCUGUUAGACUUCACCAGUUCUGUAUACGAGGUGCGUGCUACAUUGGCCUUUGUCCAAGGGUUCUCCUUUUUCAUCGAGGAUGCAAUUUCGGCGACUUUAUUCAAGGAAGCAGUCUUUGACGAUAGAAAUGUUAAUAUGGCCAUUGCUCUCAGUUCCUUCAUGGGAGGACUAGGGGCAACAUGCGCAGGAACAUUUACAGGUUAUCUGUUUGAUGUCACCCAGUCGUUUACGAAGGUGUUCAUCAUCGUCGGCUUCAUCCACGCCGUCAUGACCGUCCAUCUCUUCAUCGUAGCGAUCCUCAUCAAGAGACGACGGAUAAGAAACAAGCUUUCAGUUUAA